UAUAUUUACAUUGUCAAGGUGAAUUCUUCACUGAUUCAUCUGGUAGACGUUUAAUAAAACGUUUACGUAAUCGAAGAGAUGAUUGGAGUUUACCAAUUGAAUAUAAUGAAUCACAAAUUAUCACUGGUAAUUAUUAUCCAAUUGUCAAUAGAAUUAUGCUUAAAAAUAUUCUACUUGAAUGGUUCAAUGAGAGAAUUCCAUUCGGUUUGGCGAUCUAUACAGAUCGUAGUCAAGGUGGAACAAGUUUAAACGAUGGACAGUUGGAAUUGAUGGUUCAUCGUCAAACUGUUUACGAUGAUGGUUUAGGCGUAAAUGAACCUUUAACGGAAUUAGGAGUUGAUGGAAACGGUCUUAUUGUUCGUGGCACACAUCGAAUAAGAUUUGACGAAUUGUAUUUAAUUGAGAAUGAAGAAAGAAAGAUUGCUCAAACAAUGCGACGACCAAUCAUCCCAGUAUUUCUACCAUCUAAUAAACAAAGUUUAACAGACCAUAUCAAUGGAUGGAGUGGGAUCAGAAAAUCUUUACCAAGUAAUAUUCACUUACUAAGUUUAUCAUCAUGGCCAGUGAAUGUUGUUGACAAAUCAGAAACUAAAAACCAAAUUCUUGUAAGAUUUGAAAAUUUACACACUACGGAUCGCUCUGAAAGUACACAUAUAGAUGUCAAGUAUUUGUUCACUGGUAUCACAAUAACCGAUGUAACAGAGAUGACAUUAACAGCCGAUCAAUUGAAAGAAGAUGCUGUUUCACGAAGGCUUCAUUGGCCAACGGAACCGGAAUUUCACUCUUUUACGAAAAGUUAUGUAAUGAAUGCAUCGAGUAUUAUUUUGAAAAUUCCUCCAAAUAAAAUAAUCACAUACAUAUUAGAUUAUCAAGUCGACGAUUCUUCACAAAUUUUUAACUGAACAAAGCAUGUGGAACAUUUAUUUCGAUAACGUUUGUUGUAUUUUAUAAGAGCUCAGUGAAAGUUUUUUAACACCACUUCAUUUUAAGUCUGUAAACAGAGUUGUUGAUAUUAUUGUGUCGUCGAGAAACAUUUUUGUCAGUCAAAAGUUUCUUCCACUCUCUGUACAUCAUCGUAAUGACACCUCACUUGAAUAAUUGAUGCUUUCGGAAAGAAAGAGAAUUUUUGUAACUUUCUUUGAAUUAUUUAUUUUUUAGAAAUUGAG